UUGCCAUUCCAUUGUGUGUUUCCCUACGGUUAAUCGCACAUCUGUGUGCCAUUCUAUUUUUUUCAAUAACAUCUAUAAAUAUUGGAUAUCGAAAAAAAUCAAAACUCCCUGCUGGUAGCCUCUUCUUUCAGGAAAAAAAGGCAGUCGGUAAGCGAGUAACCCGGUUGUUUCAAGGGUGUAUACGUUAAGGCAAGGAUAUAUACUAUUUUACACACUAUAAUUCGAAGGAUAGAAAUAAGAAAAAGAAAUGGACGCUCAAGUCUUUACAAAGAUCAUAUUUGCUGUUAUAUGUUGGCUACAAUGUAGUUACGUAUCAUCAAUUCACACAAUUGUGAGCAUGGACAAGAGAAAGACACCAGAAUGUGGGAAAGUUGUCGAACUUGGUCCAUCACAUGAAGUGAACUUACAAUCAAAUGGUUUGGCACCGGCUGGCUACUGCGGCGUUACCGUGUUCACGCCGAGAGAAAAAGAUGGCUACGUCUGUGACGCCAUAUGCGUGACGUAUAAGAAAGCGUAUAUACAUUCGUGUCAGGCAAAGGUCAAAUUUGUAGGUCACAAGUUCCGGAAAGGAGGAGAUUUAGUCAAGGAGUACAAUUGCCACGAUCAGAGUAAAGAUGCGUUCUGUUGGGAUGUUGGCUCUGUUAGGCUGGAAGUGAUCGAAACCUACAAGUAUUCUUACGUUGAUGAGAACCCGCUGUACGAGUUCGAUCUGGACAUCUCGGCAAGGUGUACCAAAGACAAGGUCAGGGACCAUAGUGAAGAGUACUACGCUUCUAGAAAAACAUCUGAAAAAGACGAACAUCAGACGUAUGUGGAGGGCAUCGCAGUUGGCAUAUCUUUAGCUUGUGUCUUCCUUAUUGUCCUAUUUGUAGCCUGGUGUUACACUAAGCACCAAGCAGUUUCCGGCGGACCUUCUUCCUCGUCGUCGGACAGAGGCACCCGACAAUCAAGCAGCAAUACUCAUAAGAAAGGCAGUAUAAUUUCAUCAUUCCGCAAAAAACUUCACAUCAGACAGAAAGCCGCUCAAUCAUCAGACGAACCGGAAGCAGUUUAUCGUAAAACAGACACUAACGAAGAACAAAUUCCUGCACGUGAUUCAGAUGUUACUGUUCCGCUAACGAAAGAGUCCGAUCAUGAAACAUUUGAAUUAGCCAAUGAAACUCUCGCCGAGGACGACAAAAGUGAUCAAGCACGCGAAAAACAUGGCGGCGAAGACUCACCAAAAGAUGGCGGCGCGGAAGGAUCUAAACUAGAUCCACCGGAAGUAGUGAUUGUGCCGGGAACGCCUGAACCAUCGGAAACAGAAAGUUAGAAUUGAAAUUAAACUGUGUAGACUUAUGUUGAAGUUUUUUCUAUAACAAAACAUAUAAUUUUUCUAUAAAGUCUAAGGUAUUAGUCUUUUGAUUAAUCCUAUAUUUAGGCGGUUUUUUGUUGAGAAAAGGGCCUACAUAUUUGACAAAAUAUGGCUUCUCGUUGUACAAUAGUUCCUGCAUUUCAAACAACUACAUUUGUUACCUAAAAACUAAGUUUGUUGUAUGCAUAUUAUUUAAAAAUUUGAUUCAUAUGAACGUUUACGCCAGAUGUUAGAUUUUUUAAGAGAUCUCUUUGUCAUUCCUUUGUGCGGUUUUCUUCCGGUAUAUGUUGGUCUGAUGAUAUUGUUAGGGAUUUAUUGUUACAUUUAUUCCAGAGCAUGAAAAAAUGAUACACAAAUCGAUUUGAUGUUGUAUACACCAGUCGUUAGUAACCCCGACCCCACCCUCGGGAAAGUAAAGUGGGUAGCGGGGGGGGAUGAGGCAAGCUUUGGUUAUAUUCUGUCUGUCUGUACCUCAUUUGGACAAUGCUCUUAUUUUGUUCUGGCGCCAAAGAAGUCGGGGAUAUGUCUGUUACCAGGAUUUUUUAAUGUCCAAAAGUCAAGGUCCCCACUAAUCUUUGGGGUUGUGGGAGGGGCAGGGUUGCAAAUGACUGGUGCAUCAUUUGUAUUUGUAUGAUUUGAAAAUAGAGGUAAUCUUAAAUUUAUGUUUAAAAAUAUGAAUGUGAGAAUGUAAAUUUCAUAUACAUGCAUGUAUAUUUGGAGUAGACAUAUAGCUCUACAUGAUUUUGUGCAAUUUUAAAGAAAUGUAUUUGUAUAGAAAUGUCAAUAUGCAAAUGUUUAUGCAAAUUAAUUUGCUAAAAUGAAGAUUUCCUGAAGAUAUCGAAUCAGUCAUUAUUAUACUGUGUAGUAUUUCGGAUAGAUUCAAUUCGUCUGAAAAUGUAGGAAUAUGUUGUAAAUUGCGGUAAUAAUAUAUGUUGUAUGUAGGUGUUUUUGAAAAUGGAAUAAAUAUCAUUUGACGGUUUCAUAUGUGAUUCUAUAUAAUGACAAAUGUUGAUUUACAAAAAAAAAUACAGUAUUACGAAAUUAACCAGAUUGGUGUUUAAAGGGAGGUAAUUAUCUUAAUAAUGGGCACUAUUAGGUCAGCGCCGAUGAUCUCCCUUCAUUUCUCAGUUUGCUAAACUAUUAUAUGGCUGGGAAACUUAACAUGUACAUAUCUCUUCACAUAAAAUGCCUUGAUCUUUUGAGAAUAUAAAUGGCAUAUAUAUUUAUGGCAAGUACAUAUUUUAACAAUCGCUGAACAUCAUUGUUUACUAUUUAUGUAUUAAAGGAACUCCACUGAGGUCCAAUAGCCUAAAAUAAUAAAAUUUGAAAUUCUUUCUUAAACCAACUGGUACCCUUAAAUUUGAAAACCAAGCAAUAGAUACUCGGUAUUAAAUUAAUAAUCGAUUUUAUGCGAUAUAUGGUCGAUUUGAGUGAAAAGCGUUGCAACGGUUUUCAUUUUUGGGUCAAUUGUCAUCAUUUAAAAUUGACUCUUUCUAGGAAACGGAGUGAGCGAAUGAUCUGAAAUUUUGUACACGAGUUAUUGGUCCAGACGUAAAUCUAGUUAUACAAAAAUCUUGAAAAAAUAUUUUCGGUCCCUUCACGUAAAAAAACCUCAGUGGAGUCCCUUUAAACAUGUCACAGAUAAUGUCAAUAAUUUUGGUUUCCCUCUGAUGAAUUCAAAGUGGCUUACUGCCUUGAUCCGGAGGCUAAACUACCAACUGCACCACAACGUGAUUAAUUUUUACUUAAAUUAUUAUUUCUUAUUUUUAAAACUUAUUCUCCUCUCUGUUAUUAAAAUAACACGAAUGACACUGGAGUAAAUGGCAAUAAAAUGUAUAUAUCAACAUUAUGGUAUGUAUACAUGUAUGUAAACAAUAUAAUAUCGUAUCUAAAGCUUUCACUUCCUAAAUUAAGAAUUUGUAUAAUGGAUUUGUCCAGCAGUGAGUUUGAUUUAAAUGAGUUUCAGUGUCAAAAAGUGAAUCAAAGUGGCGGCAUGGUCGAGUGGCAUCAGACUAGUAAACUAAUGAUCGCUAGCCGCACUGGUUCAAACCCUGUCAGGGGCAAGUCGUUGUUUCCUUGGGCAAGAGACUUUACACUCAUUGCUCAGUACUGGUUGGUUCCAGGAACAGAUUCGAAAGCGUGUCUAUAAACUUAUAGCUUCCUACACAAUCGAAAUAAAAUAAAUUUUGUAUAAACCUAAAUCAUGAAUUUGGGCAGCCAUUAUUAUUAAUAGUGCAAGUGAUAAAUGCACAGACUGGCCUGUGGUUAGAGUGCAAGUAUGCACAGGCUGGUCCAUGGUUAGUGUGCAAUUAUGUGCAGACUGGUCCAUAGUGUGCCUGUGGAAAAUUAAACUGAAGAAAAACCCCUACAGUAACAAAUUUGAUAAAUUUAAAUGAGUCGUGCCAUGACAAAACCAACAUAAUGGGUUUGCGACCAGCAUCGAUCCAGACUAGCCUGCGCAUCCGUGCAGAUCAGGAUCCAUGCUGUUCGCUGUCAGAAUCUGUACUUGUAAUUUGGUUUGUAAGCGAACAGCAUGGAUCCUGGUCAGACUGCGCAGAUGCGCAGGCUGGUCUGGAUCCAUGCUGGUCGCAAACCCAUUAUGUUGGUUUUGUCAUGGCACGGCUCAAAUGUUUUUUGUGAGACAGGAGAAUAACAACACAAUGAAAUAACUUUAUCAAAAUUAUGCGUUAAUUUGAUGACAUAAAAUCAAUGACAGUGCAACCUGUGCUGAACAACACCCUUUGUGAGAUUGAGACAAAGAUUUUGUUUUUUGUUGAGAGAUCUUUCUUAAGAGAGGUUAAAGUUGUUAUGAAGUCUUAAUUUGGAUUGAAAAGAUAUUGCUGAUGUUUAUGUUUUAGAGAUUAUGACGUGGCAGAGGUUACAAUGUACUUGGUAUACAUGUACGAUUAUAAUACAGUUUUAUCCGAUUUUAGUGUUACAUCCGAAUAUGUCUCAAGAUGUGUUUUACAAUAAGUUUAAUACGAAAGUAAACAUAAUAAAUUAAAAGACAAUAAUAAUAGAUAUAUUUGCGAAAUAAAUGGUUUGACAAUAACAAAUUAUAGCAUUAGAAUAUAAGCAAUAAU